CGCUCUUUUUCUUUUCUUUUUCAGAGAGGAAGAGACUCGCGAGGCGACGCGUUGUGUCUCGCACCCCCCAGCUCCACCCUUGGUCGUCUUUGUUCUCGUCUCCGCUGUGCAUGCGUUUUUUCCGCGAAAAGACGCCCGGCGAGCUCGGCGCUCGGCCUCUCUCUCUCGCAGGUUUAUCGACACUCGGACGCGCAGAGUUCGUUGUCCAGUCUUCUCGGAGGAAUUUUUUUGGGACUCGCUGAGCAAACGGAGGAAAAGGUUUCCAGAGAAACUCAACCGUCUGUCUGUGUCUGUGUCUGUCACCGCUGCUGCACGCAGCUUCGAGGAUCUCUUCAGACGUCGCUCUGCGAGGAUGCGGCUGGUCCGUCUUCUCAGUCGAGUGCGACGGUCUCUUCAGUACUGCUUCUCGCUUCUCGCGUCUCGCUUCUCGCUUCUCUGAUUUCCUUCGUUCUUCUCUCCGAGUAUCCACCAGAAAGGCCUCCUGGAGAAGAGGUCUUUCUGAUGCGCGAGUCUCCUUCUCUUCCUUCUGAGCUUCUCCGGACUCCACACCUGCAUGCGUUCGACCUCGGUCCCCGACUCCGAUUAACCAUCUUUGUUUCUGCGUCUCCUCUCCUUCUUUCUCCUCGCCGUCCGAAUUCGCUGGUCGCCUCCUCUCCGCCUGCGCUCUUCGCUCGACAGUCUUCGGUGGCCGGAGGAGCCUCGGAACGCGGGGCGGUCUGAGGCGAGUAUUGGCGAGCUCUUUCUCUUCUUUGCGUGGGCGCAACCGCAGUUUCUUUCUUCGAGAUCCACUGUUGUCCUCAAAAUCGUUCAACAACAAGAGGAGGAGGAGAAGGCGCUUCGUUUCGCGGAGCAAGGCGCCGUCGCAGAGCGUUCAGGCGUCUCCUCCAUCGCCACCCCCAACUCCGGGACUCUCUUCUCUUCGUCGGUCUCCCUGUCUCCGGUUCUUCUCUGACCUUCUCGCUUCCGCAUCCUUCGCGCCAUUCCCUUUCCUUUUUCGCGUCUCUCGUCCGUCCAGUCUUCGAGAGCGCGCAGGAACCGCACCUGUGAAGCUCGGCGAAAGAUGCCAGACUCAGACGAAGGGCGCCGAGACGCGGAGGAGGACGGAAAGAGGCUCGCGAAAGCUUCGAGCGAUGCGCAGGAACCGCAGCACCCUGCCUCCUCUUCUGUCGGCAGGCCUCGCAGCGGCGAGAAGAGCGACGCGACUGCCGACAGAGAAGAGAAAAAAGAUUCUCUCUCUUCGACGCGCGCUGAAAAAGCACAACAGACUCGCAGAGACCCUUCUUCUCCCCUCCCUGACCAUGUUCUCAUGCCCCCGCCCCCGCGUCUGCCCACACCCCUGUUGAAAAAACGGAAGCUGGCAACGAAGCAGACAAGCUCUCGUCAAACAGACUCGGCCGAGACACUCGCGGAUCACAAGUCUCUCAGCCCCCCCGCUCGGAAUCCCAUAAACCGGAGUCCCUCGUCUUCCUCUUCUCUCUCUUCUUCUUCAUCUUCUCUCUCUUCUUUCUCCUCUUCUCUCUCUUCUUCUUCCUCUUGUUCUCCUCGUCUCCGACUGACCACGGAGGCGUCCUCUUCUUCGCCAGAGCGCGGGGCGUCUGAAAGCGUUCAUGCGAGCGAGAAGGCAGACACAGGGCAGGGCGCGACGUCGGCAGUUGAGGAUCUGUUUUCUUCGUUCAUGUCGGAAAUUGCGGAGUUGGAGAGUCAGAACGCAGACUGCACGGAGGACGGCAGAGGCGUCGCAACCGAAGCGACUUCGCCUUCCGAGGGAAGUGGAGAGCCUUCAGUCCGUUCUUCUUCUCUGUCUGACGCACCUGCUGCGUCUCCUCACUCUUCUUGCCUGUCGUCGUCCUCUUCUUCCUCUCUUUCUUCCUCUUCUCCUGUCUGUCGUCAAGUGGUGGAUUCGCAGACGCAGCGGCCGUCCUCUUUGAGUGUCGAGACAGGCGAAGGGACUUCGAGAGUCCGAGCCUCUUCGCGUAUGGAACAGCCGGAGGAGCGCGGCGGGAGAGACGCAGGAGACAGAACGCUCCUGCCAGCGGAGUACGACGACGACGAGGAAGACUCAGGCGCGUCUUCUGCGCAGAGCCGAACUGGACGGGACACCGAGCUUCUCUUCUCUGCGGAAGGAGAAACGCAAGAGCGCUGCUCCCUCGAUGACGAAAAAGGAAAGACAGACCCUGCGAAAACAGGGAAUCAACAGCCGAGUGCGCCUGUCUUGCGAAUCAUUUCGAGGACGAAACGAACUGUCGCGGAAGACGCGAAGCCGCAGGCCGGACCUGCCGGCGACGCGGGAGACCCCAGCCACUCGCGAGUGCAUGCACUCCGCGGCUCAGACGGCAGAGAGGUCCGGAGCGGAAGGAGCAGAGUUCGCGAGCAGUUCGUGCCGACGCCCACGGAGAAGCUGAAGACGCCCGAGGAGAAAGUCGCGGAAUUCCUCAAACAAAUCGCCUUCAUCCAGCGCGCCGUCGACGAGCACGAAGAGCGCGAGCGCACCCGGCGGCGCCGCCUCCGGUGGACGUACACCGCAGCGAGCGCGGGCAGCGAAGAAGAGUUUUUCUCCGACGAAGACGCGGCCUCGGCAGCCGAGAGUGGAGACAGCUUAGAGGAAGGCGAGGGCCGCGGCAGAGACGCCGAAGGCCGCUCAGCUUCACACAGUGUCUCUACAGAGUCUGAGGAUAGAGCGAGGAGAGACAGAGGAGAGAGAAGAGAAAGAGAAAGAGCAGCGGAGAGCCGUCACGGCAUCGAAGAAGGAGACGAUUUGCUGGAGGAGAUCGUGGAGGCGGAACUCGAGGCAGAGCGCAGACGGGAGUCGCGGGGAGAAACCGGAACAGAGCACAGCAAGCGAUCGCAGGCGGCGUCCACUGGAGACAGCUUCGUUUCGGCUGGGAUCUGCAAAUGUCUCUGCACCUUCUGCAAGUACUGCAAAGAGAAACACCCGAAAACUCCCAAGAAAAAAGGCUCGACACACGAAACCAAACAGAUUGAAGCGCUGCUGUGGACCGUCGCGGCGGAGCUCAGCAAGCUGGCGUCGCCCGCUGAGGCGUUGUGGCGCAGGCGCACCGAAGCUGCUCUGGAGACGCGCAGGUUCGAUUGGCAAGCGGGGGCCUUGGACAGCGCGUACUUCCUCGGAACGCUUCGCACGCUGAGAGAAGACCUGAAGGCGAGAGUCGAGCAAGAAGAAAGACGCGAGAAGCUUCAGUCAAACAGCUCGGAGUUAGCUUCUGCUUUUCCCUACUCUUCCGCCGCAGCGACGGAGAAAGAUGAAAAGUCGAGCUCUUCUUCAAGCUCCACAAAGGCGUCUUCAAGUUCUGCCAGUUCUCCUCUCUCCAAAUCACAAACUUCUCGAGCGGCUGACAGUCCUCCAUCCUCAGGUCCUGUCUCUGCUUUCUCCUGCAUUCGCUCGGUCUACGACCCCAAACGAACUGGAUUCUCUCCAAGACUUCCUUCUUCUCUCUCUUCUUCUUCCUCUUCGUCUCUCGCUUCUUCUUCCUCUUCUUCUCUCUCUGCUUCGAGGAGUGUCUGUGCUAGCUACAAAAGCGAUGAGGAAGCGCCUCUGCCGCCUUCGCCACCGCCGCCGAUGCCGUCUUCAGACGAAGACGAGUCUUCUGAAGCAGAGUCCCGAGAGCAGAAGGACACAGAAAGAGAGAAGAAGGGAGACAAAGAAGGAGAGAAGAAAGGAGAAGAGCGCGGAGAGAAGGAAGGAGAAGAACGAGCAGAGAAGGAAGGAGAGAAAGGAGUUGCGGGGGCGUCGGAUCAACGAGCAAGAGCGCCGCAUGCGUCAGGCGAACCUCGCGGCGCAGACGCAGCUUCAGUCGCUCUGAAAGAAGACGCCAAAACCCAAGCGCCUCUUCUCUCUGAAGCUUCCGGUGCCCUGCGAGCGCGCGAUCACGCGCAGACAGCAGCUGGGGAGAAGAAGGGGAGAGCGCAUGCAGUUGGAGUGUCUCUGGCGUCCACGACAAAUCCAGUUUUGCGGAAGAAAAUGAAGCUCGUGGACAAGUGGAGACGCACGCGAGAGCGCGAAGACGAAGAAGAAGAAAGACUGGAAAGGGAGAGAGAACGACGGGAGCUGGAGAGGGAGCAGCGCGAACGACAGAAAAUCGAGGAGUGGAAAGAGCGACAAAUCGCAAGCGGAGCGGCGACGCGCAAUGCGAAUUUAAUCGAAGUGACGCAGGACUGGCGAACGAUGAUCGACAAGAAUCGCCAGCAGCAGCUCUAGUUUCUCUCGUUUCUCUCGAGUGCGUGGCGUCUCUUUUCUAUCUCUCCCGUGUGUCUCCCCCGUCUCCUCCAGACUUGAAAACUCUGGGAUGUCUGUCAAGUCCUGUGAAAUCCAGCGUCGCUGAGUUCCAGAGAAACGCUCCGGCGCAGCGCCCGAACACAGACGCGUUUCCCUCCGACGAAACUGGCUUCGCGCCUGCCCGGACGCAACGCGCCGCCUCCCUCCUCUGCAGUGUACGUACACCUCUACAGAGGACACUACGUUCGACGCGCUUUGCCAGUGGCGCCUUGCACUCUCUCGAACCGAGCCGCUUCUUCACACCUAGACUCUGCUUUCCAUGAGAAGCCGCAGAACGAAGGCUUUCGGCAUUGGACUCAAAAAUUCACAGAGAGCCGAGACUUCCCCAAGAGGGCCCCAGCAGAGAGACGACUCCUGCG